AUGGUACUUGUCUGCGGUGUCAACACGCUGGCUAGAGAUCCACUGGGAGGGUUUAAUCUAACGAUUGACGGCAUUUGUGACUGCGUUGAGUGUGUCAUGGGACUGCAGCUACCUGUCUUGUGUCUUGGUGCUGGAGGUCAUAGUGGAGCGGAUGCUAGCAAGCCUUUUGUUGUUGUUGCCGCGACUGUGAUCGCUCAGCGUCAAAAUCUUCCCGAGACGAUCCCUGAACACGAUUUCUAUGAAGAGUAA